UAAUGUUUGCACAGCACUCCUAAGAUUUCAAUGGUGUAUAAGUGUUAAGAGCCCUAUGUAAUUGAAAACAAUUGCUUGGUGAUAGCCAGAAACUGAUCUACAUUAGCAUUAUGUGAGAUCCUGUUUAAAGGCUGUUGAGAAAUUACAGUAGCUUUUUCCUGGAUUUUUCUUUUAAGAUGACAAAGAGAAAUUAAAAGGAGUGAAAGAAUCUUAAACAGGAAUGACUAAAGCCUUAGUCCCACUAGCUGAUCUUUGCACAGUGUCCAUUCAGGUUCAGAGAGUUCUACCUGGGCAGAGAGGUUGGCUCAUGUGGUCAGAGUACAGGAUGUGGAGUUGGGGAGAGGAGAAUGGUCUGGUUAAGGCACAGGACUCAGGUCAGGGUACCUUAUUUUUGUGUUCAGCUCUGGCACAGACUUCUUGUGCACCAUUUAGCAAGUCACUUGCAGUCUCACUUUUUAAAUAGGCCAUUGAUUUUGAGUGCCUGGUUUUGCGCCUGAUUUUUCAAAGGUGCUGAGCACCUCUAGCUGCCAUGUACUUGCUACUGCAACACAAAUGAUAACAUGACUUCUGAAAAUUGGACUCAGGUUGAGCACCCAAAACUAUUUCAUUUGGCAGAAAAUCCUGUUUUCUCUAUGUACGCUAACAUUUUUACUUUUAAAUUUCAGAUUAACCUUCUGUGGGUUAAUGACAGAGAGAAAACUACCAGAAAUCAGACAGAAACUUCUCAAUGAUCUGAUUAGCUCCACAUUUACUGGCUAACAACUUUCCCAGAUGGAACUAGACAAAUCAAUCAAUAGUGCUGUUCAUAAAAAGCCUAAUGAAGAUGCUGCAGUGAGUUGCAGGAAAAGGUGAAUUUGAUGGAUAGAAUCAACAUGCAAAUUAAGAACAUGGGAACAUUUUCCCUUUGUCCUUUUUGGAUUGCUAUGACUUUACCUUGAAUGAGUAUGAUUUAACAAUGAAUCUAACUUAUUUCUGAGAUCCGUAUAAAACUGCUAACUUUGUGUAACAAUUAUCUUUUCUAGAUGAUCUAAAUGUAUCAGAAGAUGACCAGAAAUUAAAAGAGACCUUGAAAGUAAUUGCAGGAAAAGAAGUAACUGCAAAGGCCGUUUGCUUUCUUACCUUUGGCCUCUACUUGGUUAAAAGCUUUACCCAGCAACACUUAGAUAUAAUAGGAGUGACUUACAACAGCAAGACUAGAAGACUGAUCCUCGUGGAUGGCAAAGGGUUGUUCAGCUUGGAUUUACUUGCUUCUAAGACUGUAGGUGUAUAAUAAGAAUUAUGAAGAGAUCUGCUCAGUAGAAAACAUGGAGUCACGUCUGUUGACACUUAUGGUAUUCAAUCCUGUGAGUGAUGAACUCAUUACAGGAGGAAUCAAAGGAGUAAAGUUUUGGAAGUUUAAAGAAACAGAAAAUACAGAUUACUCUAAUGCAGCUCAUAUGUCCAAUUACAAGCUUUUCCCCAGUGCAGAAUUCCCACACAUGAGGCAAAUCUGGUGUACAAAUAUGGCGCUUGAUGUCAAUAUGCAAAGACUUUAUUGCUUUUCUAAUUGCGAUCUCUUCUGCUAUGAUACCAAAGGGAAUCUACUGUUUCAGCUAACCAAUGCCCACCAAAGUACCAUUCUCUCCUGCGUCUAUUCAUCAUACUCCAAUGCUUUGCUUACCUCCUCCAGGGACUCUGAAAUAAAAUCUUGGAAUGACCAGGGCAGUUUGUUGCAUGUAUUUCAUGGCCAUACCAGGUCUGUCACACACAUCCUCCUCCACCCAAACACUUUGUCUUUAUUUAUCUCUGGAUCUUUGGAUGGGACCGUGAAACUCUGGUCCCUGGAUACAAUGCAGCUGUUUUACAGUUUAUCAUUGUUCACUGAAGGAAUUGUUUGGAUGGGCCUGGCUGAGGAUAAAUUGCUGUACUGCUCUUCCGCCCGCAAUCUUCAUGUGUAUGACCUGAACUAUUUUACCAAAUUCUGGACUCGUGUCAGCAGUGAGAUUAAGGCUCUGUCCCUCUGUGUUGCCAAUGGGAAAUCCAGCAGGGUGGUAGCUAUGGGCUCUGAUAACAGUUUACGAAUUUUCUCUCUGAAUAAUGGGACAAAGUUAUGUACCGUGCUGCCGCCUCCCUAUCCGUCUCCGCUCCAGUCAGUUCUCAGCUUUGCCUAUAAUCGAACCAGUGGAACAAUUUACUUCCUCCUGACUUCUUGGGAUAUAUGGAUCUACACAGCGAGAACUGAUCCUGCAUGUAGGGCAGCAGUGUGGACUAUUGAAGAAAUACACCAGCACUUAAACAGAAAACAUCCCUUAGCCUCUUAUGUACAGAAGAAUGAAUAUUUUCAACAUACUCGAAAGGAGAGUGUAAGAGAUCCAGUGAGAUGCGAAUGUCUCUGCAGCCUGUCCUCCCCAAUAUGCUACUGGAUAGAUGAAGGGCUGGUGUAUGCAGAUACCCAGGAAUUUCUGGUUCUUGGUAUGCAGGAUGGGAGAAUCCUGUUUCUCCACACAUCAAUACAAAACCUAGUAUAUUAUGAGAUGAAGGCUUAUAAAGAUCCUGUAAUUGAAUUAAAACAUGAUAGAGAUCACCAUCAACUGAUAAAUAUGUGCCAGGAAUUGGAAUACAAAUUGGUGCAGAUCUGGAGUUUACCUGCCCUGCAGUUGCUUCACCAGAUCAAUAUCUCGAAUGAAACUAUGGUUUUCACCAGGAUUAACAGUUCACUGUUCCUUGGCCUGCAUUCUGGAGCUGUAAAUGUCUUUGAUGUUCAUAUUGAAGGCCCAGUGGAGUUGUUGGAGAAAAAUGAGAAAAAGCCAGGGGAAAAUGAAGAACCAGAUAUCAGUCAUGAUUCUGCAAAUGAUCACAAGGGCCCUGUGGUAGCAGUGGAUGCCUGCAAGACCCUCUCUCUCUUUCUAAGCUGUGGUGAGGACUACAUGGUGAAACUCUGGGAUAUUCACAAGAAUUUGGUGGCCGACAUUUUUCUUGAUAACACUCUCAGCUCUGCUUGUUUCCUGAAUAGUUCUGGAGAUAUUUUAGUGGCUUUCAGAAAUGAUCUUUACAUCUUGCCUCACAGUAAGGCACUGGGUAUCUCAGCGACAGACACAGAUGUCUCUGGAAUCUCAGCAACAGAGUCCUUCAUUUAUGAAAACCAAGCUUUAAAUUACCAAAAGGAAGAAAAAACUGAUGUCUCCAAAGUCACUGACAUGGACUCUUAUCUGGUGCCUUACAUGGGAUUUAAUUUCACCAGUGACUUCACAACAGAAUUGCUGGUUUCACCAAUGGGCGGAGAAAAGCUGUCCUGGAAGUUGCCACUGGCCCCUUCCCGGAUUUAUUGUUCUCCCAGUAUCUCAGCAACUUCAUUGAAGGUAUUUGACUUCCUGUUACAACCUGGACCUCUCAGCAUAGAUGAGCAAGAGAAGGCAGAACUCUCUGAAAGAAUGAUCCUGACUGAUUAUAUGAAAUACUUGCCUGGCCCCAGACCUGCAGAGGCUGUGGAUUUGGAAAUACCUGAGUUUGGAAUCUCCCCAUGUUCUUCUCCACUCAGUGUAUGUUCAGAGGCCCAGCCUGAGGAAGAGGUUGCUGAAGCUGAGAGUGAAUCCCCUGAUACAGAAUUGCUACAGCAAAUCCCAAGCACUGAACAGCAACAAGUCAGUGAAGAAACAGACAAGGAGAGAAAAAAUCUUCUAACAGAGGGAGAUUUCUGUUUGGACAAAACUCAGACUUUACAGAUGAAGAGAAAAACAGGUUCUGAAAAAAGGAAGAAAAAAGCUUCAAAGAGCGACAGAUUUCCAUCCGGCAAAGAAAAGAAGCUUGUGCCCAGGAAAUUAUCCAGUUCAGAAGGUGCUGGUCUGAGAAAGACACGUACUCCAAAACAUAAAAGAUUUUCCUCAGAGAUGCAGAACGCCAUGAUGGUUAGAGACCCCAAGACUGUCUCCCGGGCCCAUUCAGCUGUUCCUAUAGGAGAAAAAAUGAUUCCUACUCCUCCACCUGAGGCUCUGGCACCAGCUGAGAAAAGGACCUUUCUGAGGAAGAAAACUUAUCAACAGAAAGAUGGUAACAAUGUGAGCUGGAGUGAUAAAGCCCUACUGAGAUUGGAGACCUGGAGAAGAAAAGAAAAUGAAAGGACUGAGCAUGCAAAGAAGAAGCGAGCAAUACUGGAGCUCCAGAAAUUGCAGCACCUCCACUUUCCAACAAGUCACUGGUUCUGUACUCAACCAGCCACUUCCCAGCAAUAUCAGAAUUUGCAGAUUUCUGAAAACCUCUUUGAAACGGAGUUUGCUGCUUGGAUGCAGCCUCACAAGAAGUCCCAUGUCCUUUCCCAUCCGUGCGCUGUGAUGCAGGAGGCCCCCAUCAACUUUUCCAGGGAAUUUCCUUACAGACUAGCCUGGGGACCUGUGACCACCCAUGACCUGGAGGCAAAACUGCAUUACCCAAGGACGAUGCUGGGCUUGUUUAAAGAAGGCAAAGCAAGCAGCCUCCUUGUAGAGAGAAAUCUGCAGCCAACAAAAUCAAUCCCUAGCAAAGGGAGGUACAUCUUGGUGAAUGCUGGGACUCCUUCAAUAUCCUCUACCCCACCUGUAAGCAGCCCACUAGAAGAGAGGUUACUGAGUGUCCGAUUCCCCAAACAAAAAGAAAGGGUGCUUCAAACUCUGCCCCACAAUGUGCACAAGCAUUCUCAGCCUCCUGCAGCAAUGCAACACCUUCUCGCUUUAUGAAGGCAUUUCCAGGGGUGGCUAACACCAUAACAAGACCACUUUUCUAGUCCUGCAGAUUGCAUUUUGUAAUGUGAUUUUUCUUCCCAAGCUAUAUUGUUACCUGUUUUCUCUCUUUAAUCUUGUGUUAAUACUCCAUGGUUGAUACUCGUUAGCACCAAAGUGAAUAUUCAGUGAGCAAUAAUAGCCAAAGGGGAUCACAUUUUCUAGCUGUUAAUUACCAGAUAGGCUGAGAACUAGGGAGUAGGGUCGUGGAAAACUUUUAUGCCAAAAUCCAGCUUUUCUGGUUUCAUUACCAGAGCAGAGCUCUCAAGGGUGUGCACUGACCUCUAGACCAUUUCAUGUGAACCUGGGACUGGGCUGGGCCUCCCAACAAACAGCAUACCAUCUCCCUUAACCUGUAGCCAUUUUUAUGCGGGAGAGGGCCUUUACUCCCCCAACAAAAGUCUUUGAGGAGGAGCUAGAUGGUCCUCUCUUCCCACCAGACAUUAUCUGAGGAGCCGGCAAGCAGGCUUGCUGUGCUUCCCAAUAACAGAAAGGUUUCUGAAGGAUGCCUGGUAGCCCUACACUACCCACCA